CAUCAUACAAACAAAUAAACGAGUAAAAUAGAGGAAUAAUUAUUGUUUGGCAGACAUUUUUGUUUGGAUUCUACACUUCUCUGUGUUUUCUGAUGAUGAUGGAUGCUGCUGCUGAAUGACUGAAUUGAAAGUGUUAAAUGAGGAGCCCAGGAGGAUGUAGAUGAUAAUGAUGAUUUUGUGGACAUACAAUUUGAGGGAUAAUUAAAUAAGGAUCAUUGGACUAUCACAAUAACAACAAAACUGACAUUCAUUUUAUCAAAGGAAAAGCAAACCAACACACACAAAGGACAAAAAAUGCCAACCAUCCAUGAACAUCACCAGCAUCAACAAUCGACGUGACUUGAAGGCAUCAGUGCGACGCUGAUGUCUGCUGCCUUCGUUUUGCUUAAAUCGACAAAUUCACGGUCUAUCAGUUCCUUCGAAUUCAAGGCAGCAGUAUCACCUGUUAUUUGCUGGUAACUUGGUUCCAUCGCAUAACCUAACACAGGGAGUUUUUUUUUUUUUGGAAAAACACCCUCCGUCUCGCAUCGAAUCAACUUUUACUUCCACACACACACAACACACACACAAAAAUGUCCAUUGUUCAUCCAAAAAGUCAAUGGCAAUGGCUGCUGCUCUUGUUGCUGUCAUUUGUUCUUGUCCAAGCAUUCGAAACACCCAGCGAGUCAUCGUCAUCAACGUCAUCACAAUGCGAACAUGACAGUAUUCCAGAUUUAAUUAAGUCAAGUCCGGUGAUCCUAAAAGCGCUUGGUGCACGAAUAUUCACCGAUUACGAAAGCUAUCCAUUCCAGGAUGAUGUUGACAUUGAAAUCACCGAAGAGCUUAUAUUGAAGGCUCAACAACAAAGGGAUAUGCCGCCAGCAGCGGCAGUGAUAGCUGCGGCAGCAGCAAACAGAAGGAGCAGCACGAGUAGUGGCAGUGAUGCAAGUAGUAGUUGGAGUAGUAGAAGGAGCAAUGGCAAUCAUCUGGAUGAUGAUAACGAAGAUGAUGAUGUUUCCUUAUCGGAGGAUUCUCUGCUGACAUCGUCGGGGACAGGUUUCGAUGGUGGUAGUAGUAGCAGUCAAUGGGCUGCAAUGGGUGCUAGAGCGGCUGCUGGCAGUGAAUUAACAUCGACGCUUAUCACAUUAACGCCGGUGACAAUAUACAAGGGUGCGUCGGUAUUGAAAGUUACCCAACAGCCAGAUGGAAUGAACAGCGCUAGUGAAUCAUCCUAUCAGUAUGAGGAACAAUUAAAUGCUACCCUAGAGCCAUUGGCGUGCUUCGAUAGUAAUAUCCUUAAGCUGUUACCAACCGAAAUAAUAGCAUUUGGAAAAUUGGUCAGUGACCAGCAGCGGCCGGAUGUUUUACGAAUCAGCAUUAAUGGCCUACACCGAUGGAGUCCGCAAUUCGAGAAUCGCAUUUGGAAAUAUCUGGGUUGGGAUGAUUGGAGCGAUUUUACUCUUUGCAGUGUUCAAUGCGGCAAAGGUGUCCAACAACGAUUUCGACGAUGUCUACUUGACAAUCCAAUGAUAAACAUCAACAUGAACAACAACAACAAUAAUAUAAAUGGCAAUGAGAUGCAGCAAAGACAGCAACAGCUGCCAUCAGACCAACAACAGCAGGAUAUGUUGGAUGUCAGUAGUAGCAGCAGCAGCAGCAGUAGUAGUAGUCCAUCAAAUGUGCCCAAUCAGCAGAAGCAACAUCAUAAUCAUCAUCAUCAUCAACAGCAGCUGCAGCAAUUUCAACAUACAAAAGAAAGUCACAGCAGAAGUAGUAGUAGUAAUAGUAGGAGUGGUAGUGAGAAUAGUCGAAGUAGAAAUCAUUCGACCAGUCCGGAAAAGGACACCAGCAGUAACAUCAGCAAUGAAACAAAAUCAACUAGCACAACAGGACGAAGAGGCGUUACAACAGGAGUAGAAGGAAGAAGUGGAGGAGUAACUGCAGCAGCAACUGACAGUAUUUCCUUAAAUAAAUUGAAGAAACGUAGGAAACGGAAGAAAGCCAAAAGCCUGUCAACAAUGUCCUGCGAAGGAUAUAACAUCGAACAGAGAAAUUGCAAUACAUUUGAGUGUACUGACGACAUAAGUGACUUAUUAAAAUUUUAUAAAAAGUUCCUGCCACUUGAAGAACUACCAACUACUUUGGUGCCACAACAACAGUCUGAAUCAUCGAUGGUGCAACAGCAGCAGCCAACAGUAUCAGAAUUGGUGGCAUUAGGAGUUGGAGCGACUUUGUCAUCUUCCUCAUCCUCGUCAUCAUCGUUGCCGUCAUCGUCUGUGUCAGGUUCGAGUGUUCCUGCUGCAGCGUCGUCAACAGCAUCUACAACACUUCUUCCAAACACCGGAUAUAUAAGAAGCUGGAAAAAUUCGCUGAAUUUCACGCUAAUGAUCACAUUGAGAUUGAAGAAUGAUACAAAAUCCACAUCGACAGUAUUCUCUAUACGAAACACAACCCAUAACCUUUAUGUGGAAACCUCUGUCGAUGGCCUAAGGCUGUUCCAGGAGCGAGACAAUGCCACCGAAAUGUUACCUGUAAAAUUCCAAUUGUACGACAACCGCUGGCAUCAGGUUUCAAUCAGUUUUCAAAAUGGAGAUUUUAUAUCCAUUUAUGUUGAUUGCACAUGGACAAACAGUUUUGUUGUUUCAAAACGAUUGUUUUCGCUGCCAAACGAUGCUGACGUUGAAAUUGGACGUGGAUUCAGUGGUGAACUUCAACAACUCCUCGUCCUACCUGACAACCAAGAACGACAUCAAUGUUCCAAUGUACGAACUUCAAUCAACGAAGUAAAACGCUAUAUUAUUGAUACAUUUAUUGAUGAUUAUGGAAACUAAAUAGAUUUAUAUAAAUUUAUUAUUUAUAUUUAAAUUUAUUAAAACCAAAAAAUUAGUUAUUAAAUAAAUAAAUAAAAAAAUAAUUUUAUAGAAUGAAAAAUCGAAAGAAAGAGCGAGAAGAAAUGAAAAAUAAAAAUCAAAGGGGUUCCAAUAAAUAAAAAAUACAGAAAAUAAUAAAAAAUUGAAAUAAAAAUCAACAAAAAAAUUCCUAUUUUGUGAGAAGUGAAAAUGAAACAUUGAAAAAGAAAUAAUAAAGCAAAAGCAGACAAAAAACAAUAAAUAAAAAUGAAAAACUAUAAAGCCUAACAAAAUAAAUAAUUUUAUUUAAAAAACAAAAUGUAAGUUAAAUAAAAAUAUUGACAAAAUGCAAAAAAAGAAAAAUAAUACCUACGUUAUUAACUAUAUAGAAUAUCUAUUUAUAAAUAAAUAAAUAAAAAAAAAAAAUGUUAAAUACAUAAGUUUUUUGA